AGCGUUUGUUUCAGAUUGUUCUCAACCUUCGCAGUCGAUCGUCGUCGUGAGGAGAGAAAGAGAGUGCGAGAGAACGAAAGGCAUGUCUGAGGAGCCGAGACAAAGGCCCGCCGAGCGCUAAAUAUUCGCACGGAUCGCCGUGAAUUGACAGAUCGAUCAUGUAGCGAGGUGCAUCGCGCGUUUUCCUGCGACACGAGGCCGCGCAGCGCUACGAGGCCGUUUUGAAGUGAGAAAGUCGUCGAGGAGCGGAGACUCUCCGCCACUGUGCGUAUCCGCCCGCCGUCUCACCGCGCCAUUUGUCUGGGCAUCACUGGCCGCGGACCGUGAUCGGCACACACAACACACUGUGGCAUGGUUCGACGACGCACCGAACGCUCCCACCGAGGUUGAGAACCGCGUUCUCGGGCUCUUAUAACUCACAGCAGAUGAAUGUUACUCCCUCAGCAGAACAAUGACUUCGGGUUAUUUUACUUUACCGCUCAACAUGGACAGGGUGUGCAGAAUUUGCCUCGCUGAGGGCACUAAUCUGUCACCGAUCUUCUCCACUGAUCAAGAGGUGAAUGAUUUCCCAGGCCUCUCCCAGAAGAUACAAGUCUGCGGUUCCAUUGAGAUACACGAGCAGGAUGGACUGCCUUCCUUGAUAUGCGACGUUUGUGCCUAUAAGGCUAGAGUUGCGCAUGAGUUCAGACAACAGUGUCAGCAUUCUGAUGCGAGGUUGCGCAUGUACUACAACAAGCCUGCAAAGGGUAAUAUUACUGAUUCUUGUACACAGACUGAUCUGCGAACUAGAUUUGUGCUGCCAACGAAACCGAAUCAUCUCCAAGAAGAAUAUUUUGUUAAGGAAAACAUGCAAGUAGUGACGAAUCCACAGGAAUAUGUGCAGCCCACUGACUCGUUUCCCAGACACGAGACCAGUCUGAACACUAGUCAGAUUCACAUGCAAGAUGAAAAGUUGUUCAUGUGUUCUAUCGGGUUUGAAGGAAGCAAGGAGGAGGCAGUGAAGAACCCUUGUAUAACAGAGAAUGUGGUACAUGAGAUAACAAUAACGCAGCAGGACGCUCACGACACGUCCAUUGUCAACUUACAAAUGAAAGACGACGAAGUUGUGAAAGAAACCGAGCAGUACGUGGAGAAGAGCGACGCGCAAGAGCAGGAGCAAUUCGUCAGUGAGAGUUUACCCGACAAUAACAUGGAGGAGGAGGUGGAGGAGGAAGAGGAGAACGUUCCGCAGAAGCGUACGUCUGCGAGAAAAACGAAGUCAGCGCCGGUCAAAACGUACAGCGACGACGAGAUCGGCGACACUUAUUACGAUCUGAGCAGCGACAGUCAGGAUUCGGUGGAGUCGAAAUUCAAGUGUAAAAUCUGCUCAAAGCAAUACGCUACGCAGAAAGGCCUCAAGAAGCACUCGCUUGUCCACGAGAAGAAGUACAAAUGUAACGUCUGCUUGAAGAUGUUCUACAAGCAAGAGAACAUGGAAAAUCAUCAAAAGAUACACGCAUCGAAGCCGCACGCAUGCCAACUCUGUCACGCAUGCUUCUCCAAACCGCAGAGUCUCGUGAAGCACUUGAAGUCCCACACGGAGAAGGUGAACAACAUGAUCAAGCAGAUCAACACGGACGAGCGUAAAGACAAUAAGGAGCCGAAGAAAGAGCUGAAAAGCGACGAGGACACGGAUGACGAGACUGGCCCCGCGAAUGAGGUGGAUGAGUUCGAGAAUGCGCCCGAGUUGUACAAGUGCGAGAUCUGCAGCCAAUACUGCUCGUCUUUGAAGAACCUGAGGAGGCACGCUCUAGUGCACGGCGACAAAAAAUAUUCUUGCACCGUGUGCAAGAAAUGGUUUUUUAGGCCGGACACUCUGAAGAAACACGCGGAGAAGCACGGACACGGGCUACUGGAUAAUCUCGUGGACGACAACAAGCUGUACGACUCGGACGACGACGAGAUGGCGCCGACGAACAACGCGGUGAAUCCUUCCUCGGAGAACGAAAACGUGAAGAAAGAGGACAGCGACGAGGACGGUUCCGGGGAGUACAAGUGUCAGCAUUGCGACAAGGUGAUGGCUACGAAGAAGGGCCUGCGACGGCACGUGUCGAUGCAUAAACCGAAGGCCGAGCCGGUGACCUGCGAGAUCUGCAGGAAGGUCUGCGCCAGCCAAGCGCGACUCGUUCUCCACCAGCGCACGCACAAGCCGAAGGAGAAAGUGCCACGCGAAUAUCUCUGCCAUAUCUGCAGCAAGGUGUACCCUAGCAAUUCCUCCCUCACGUACCACAUGCGUACCCACACCGGCGUCAAACCGCACGUGUGCAAGACGUGCAACAGCGGUUUCACGACCACCACCAGCCUGGCGAAUCACAUACGCAUUCACACGGGCGACAAGCCGUACGUCUGCCACGUCUGCAGCGCCGCGUUCGCCGUGAGCUCGGCCUUCCGCAGGCACUUGACGCGGCACACCGGUGAGGCGAAUUACCUCUGCAAGACAUGCGGCAAAGCCUUUAAGCGUCUCAGCACCCUGAAGGAGCACACGUACACGCACUCAGGCGAGAAGCCGUACGUCUGCAAGACCUGCGGUGCGGCGUAUAGCCACAGCGGCAGCCUGUUCGCCCAUCAGAAGCGCUGUCGCGCCCAGUACAGCGAAAUGAUCGUCGAGGAUCACCAUCAUCAUCAUAUGCCGCACACAGUCACGCAUAUCCACGUGAACAUGAACAACGUGAAUAACGGACCUGCAGUGCGGCCUGUCACUGUGAUAGGUCAAAUAUACUAAGAAUAUACUAAUAAUAUACUAAGAAAACCGUGGACUGCGGUGUCACGUGUUACCGCGCGAUGUAGUUUUGCGAUUGUAAUUGCAGUUGUAUAUCAUCGACCGCAUAAUUGCAAGCCAACUGCACAGAGCGACGACUCCCGCUUUCACGUGUAGUGCACGUGUGCGAGACAAAUUAUCGCGUCAUUGUAAAUAUAUAUUAGCAGUUCUUUUUUUCACAAUAAAAUGAAACGUUCUCUCUGAAUACGCCUAUACUUGAGGGCUUUCGAAGGCUUAACGCUUUGCUUUCCGAGAAUAUGUAGAGCAAUGUCCCUUUAUUACAUUACACGAUAUCGUGUAUCAAAGAUACAAAAUUGGAGUUUUUCAAAAUGAAGUCGCAAUGGAUUGUGAGAAUUUUCACAUAUUUUUUUAUUAUUUAAUGUUAUAGAUAUGUAUUAUGUAGAAGAAUGUAUAUACGGCGUAACGUAUAGGAUGGAGCAUUAACUCUGUCCUCUUUGAAUAUUUCUAAACUAAUGAUUAUUGAAGAAAUAAUCUCGGAUAAAAGUUUAUCUGUCGCAAGUACGAUAUUCGUACGGGCGACUAAACUUGGAACAAAAAUACGCAUAAUAUUUUAUUCCUAUGUAUAUACCAAAUUUAAUAUCUAACAUUGUUUUGUCAGUUAAAUUCUUUUUUAAGAUAUUUAAAAUA